AUGGGAUAUUUGGAAAAUCAAACACAUAGCAAUAUGAUUUUUGAGUUGGAUUCCUUACUAAGCAAUAAUUAUGUGAUGUUUUCGUUUCCAUCACCAUCGUAUUUGAUGUUGUCGGAUUCCAUUUCGUCAACACUGCCUCCUCGACCGAGUGGAGACAAUGAACAAGAACUAGAAGAGUUAUUAAGUGGAGACAGUGAACAAGUAGUAGAAGAGGUAUCGAGUGGUUCUUCAAAACAAGGCUGUGAUGAGAUAUGUAGUAAUGAGGAUGGAAAGGAGGCAAUAGAAAAUUCUGAACAAAUAGUUGAGGAACCAAAGGUUGGAAUGAUAUUCGAUACACAAGAUGAAGCUUACCGGUAUUACACAAGAUAUGCUCAACAAAUGGGAUUUGCUGUGGCAAGAAGAAACUCGAAAAAGGGAAAAGAUGGAAACGUGAGACAUGUAUGUUUUGAAUGCAAUCGUGGUGGAAAGGCGAGGGUGAAAACAAGCAAUCCAGUCCAACCACGACCACAAACAAAAUGUGAUUGUCGAGCUCGGCUUAAUUUGUCUACAAACUCAAAUGGAAAGUGGAAGAUAAGUCGGGUUGCCUUGGAGCACAAUCAUGAAAAUAGCCCGGGAAAGGCCAGGUUUCACAAGAACUAUAGGGUGCUUGAUGAACAUGUGAAAAGAAAGCUCCUACUGAAUGAUAAAGCAGGGAUUAAGACAUACAAGACUUAUGACUCACUUCAAAUUGAAGCAGGGGGACCUGAGAACCUUCCAUUUCUUCCUAAAGACUGCCGAAAUUAUGUGGAUAAUGAGCGACAUAAAUUACUUGUUGAAGGAGAUGCUGAGGCAAUGCAUAGCUAUUUCAUGAAGAUGAAAGCGGACAAUUCUAACUUCUUUUUUGCCAUGGAUUUGGAUGAUGAGGGUCGAUUGGUGAAUGUUUUCUGGGCUGAUGCAAGGAGUAGGGCAGCUUGUAAGGAGUUUGGGGAUGUUGUGACGUUUGACACAACAUACUUGGUAAACAAGUAUGACAUGCCUUUUGCUCCAUUUGUAGGUGUGAACCAUCACGGUCAGUCAAUUUUAUUAGGAUGUGGUCUCAUCUCUCAUGAAGACACCAAGUCAUUCUCGUGGUUAUUUAAGACUUGGAUGACAUGCAUGUGGGAAUGUGCUCCCAAAGCAAUUAUUACCGAUCAAUGUAUGUCCAUGAAGAAUGCUAUAGAAGAAGUACUCCCUAACACUCGACACCGGUGGUGCAUAUGGCAUAUCUUGAAAAAAGUGCCAGAAAAAUUGGGAAAGUACGACGCGUAUAAAUCAAUUUCAACUUCUUUGCGCAAUGCAGUUUAUGAUUCACUGACAAUAGAAGAAUUUGAGGAUGCUUGGGAUGUAUUCAUCAAAAAGUACCAACUCCAAGAUAAUGAAUGGUUACAUGGGUUGUACUUAGAGAGGAAUCGAUGGGUGCCGGCUUUUGUGAAAGAUGUAUUUUGGGCAGGAAUGUCAUCCACACAAAGAAGUGAGAGUAUGAAUUCAUAUUUUGAUGGUUACAUCAACUCAAAGACGACCUUGAAACAAUUUGUAGAGCAAUAUGGGAAUGCAUUGGCUAAAAAGGUGGAAAAUGAGAAAUAUGAAGAUACGAAAGAUUUGCACUCUUACAUCCCGUGCAUAACUGCAGCUGAGUUAGAAAAGCAAUUUCAAAAUGCUUACACGCAUGCGAAGUUUAAAGAGUUUCAUGCCGAAUUUAUUGGGAAACUUAAUUGUUCUUUGAAAGAAAGAAAAGUAUGUGAUGUUUGGUCAGAAUAUGAGGUACAAGAAGACAUGACAUUUGGAGAAGUUGGAGAGGAAUGGACAAAACGUGUACCAUUUAUUGUCGAGUUUAAUGGUGAGACCAAUGAAGCAAAUUGUAAUUGUCGAUUAUUUGAGUUUAGAGGAAUGGUGUGUCGACAUCAAUUGAUGGUGUUCCAUGAAAGAAGAGUUCAAAAAGUACCUGAGAAGUAUGUCUUGAGAAGAUGGAGAAAAAAUCUGAAAAGGGCUCAUACUAAAAUUCGAAUCAACUACGAUAACUCUUCAUCAACAAUUGAAGCACGCCGGCAUGACAACAUGUGCAAUCUCUUUAAUGAGGUUGCCGAUUUGGCGGAAGAUUCUCAAGAGAAGUAUGAUAAGGUGAUGGGACGGCUACGAGAGCUAAAAAGAGAGUUGAUUGAAUGUUCGGAUGAUUGUGGUAGUAAUAAGGCUUUCGAUACUCCAAAUGAUUCUUGUCCACUUGGAGAUGGAGUUCUACCUUCCAAAGAGAGCAGGAAGAUCCUUGACCCGGUAGCUCUCCGUCGAAAAGGGAGACCGCCAACGAAAAGAAAGCAAGGUUAUGUUGAAAAACUUGGUAAGAAGAAGAGAGAACCAAAAAAGAAGACAUUGUCAAACGAAAAGGCGAAGGAGAAUGCAGAUGGCAAUGUGUUUGGGACACAAGAAAGCGUUGCAAAUGUAAAUAGUUUCCAAGGCUAUAUGGGGCAAUUCAUGUGGCCAAACAUGAUGCCCCAUAAUAUGCAACCAACUAUGGCACAAGUUUGGAGAGGACAAUCGGGUACUCACGUUUGGGGAGGAGGACAAUCGAGCAAUCACCAAAGUCAAGGAACAAGUUUCAACCAAUUUUUUAACAACUUUCCAACUUCACAAAGCAACAUGCCAAGUUUGCUUGAUAGUCAAGUUUGGAGAGGACAAUCAGGUGCUCAAGUUUGGGGAAGAGGACAAUCGGGUACUCAAAUUUGGGAAGGACAAUCGAGCAAUCACCGAAGUCAAGGACAUGGUUGGGGAGGAGGACAACAAAGUUUUUUGGAAAUUUUGAAUGCAAGAGCUAAUGGUGAACAAUAG